CACCGGCCCAUUUGCUGUUAGUUCUUGGAGGCUCCGGCUCCGGGCUCGCCCGAGUCCACUCUAGCCACGCAAGCCGUUCGUUCAUCCGCCCGAGAGGAGCAGGCUGCUGCUCGUGUUCUCUUCUCUUUUCCCCACCUCUCCCGGUCUCCCAAAUCGUUGCCGUUGCCAAGAACCUUCGCGGAAGAGGCCACUGAACUUCCCACCAGAUUCGAAGCCAAGAACCGGCGGCAACUCUACAAGAAGCGAGCUCUCGAUUCGCUGGCUCUCUGCACAGCUCAAGAGUUCUCCUUUCCACUCGUUCAAUUCCCAGUUUGAAGUCAACUCUCCCCUUCUUGGCGUGCCGCACCGUCGUCUCGUCCUCCCAUGGAUCGGCUGCGUUCGCCCACGGAUUGGCUGCGUCCGUACAUGGAUCGGCUACGUCCGUACAUGGGUCCGCUGCGCGAGCUCUCCACCGCUCUCGGAAUCCCGGAGCAGAUCGGCACCGCAGUCUUCAGCAUCCUCUAUUCCACGGGGGGGCGCCUGCUGAAGGUGGAGGACGGGGCCGGGAAGCUGCGGCGCACGGAGGAGCGCAUACGCGCGCUGCUCACGGACUCCGAGCAGCGCCGCUUCGUCGACCACGACUCCGUCAAGCUCUGGCUCCGGGAGCUCAGGGCCACCGCAUUCGACGUCGACGCCCUGCUCGACCGCCUGAACACCAUCUCCAGGAUGGCGACCGCCGAGCAGUCGCGGAAGCGGAGGCGGCCCUGGCCCAACGUUGAGCUCGGCCCGCGGCAGCGCUGGGAGCUGGAUGGUAAGAUCAUCAAUAUCAACGAACGCCUCGACGAAAUCUACAAGAGCAGGAAAAGGUACCGGUUCCAGGCCGGGGACGGAAGGAGGACGGCUCAGCCGAUGCAGUGCCCAAGCUUUCUUGAAGCUGCCGCGCAUCGCGACGAGAGACCCAUAGGCCGCACCAAGGAGAAGGAGAAGAUCGUCCGUGCUCUUAUUUCUGACAGUGGCAUGGACCUUCCUGUGAUUUCCAUCUGGGGAACGGCAGGGAUUGGGAAGACAGCGCUGGCACGCUUGGUCUACUACGAUCCAGAGGUAGAAAAUUUCUUCACUAAAAAGAUUUGGGUUUGGUUACCGGAUGUGUGUGAUGUGAGGAGAGCCACUAAGAUGAUCAUCGAAGCUGUGACCGAACAAAAAUGUGAGUUUUUAAGCUUGGACAUAUUGCAGCAGCGGCUGGGUGAGCACCUGCGCAAAAUGCGGUUCUUGCUGGUGAUUGAUAACCUUUGGGCCGAGGGCUUUCAGUUCUGGGAAUUUCUGAAGCCCUCAUUGAUUGCUGGAGAGAAAGGAAGCAAGGUUCUGAUCACUACUCAACAAGAAACGGUGACUAGGAUGAUGUCCAACAUUCUUAACAUCAAUUUAAAGGGUUUGGAAGUAGAAGAAUGCUGGCAAAUCCUUAAAGUUCAUGCAUUCUCAGGGUGGAGCAGCAACGAUCAUCAUGAUCUGGAGUUGAUUGGGCAGAGUAUUGCCAAAAACUGCCGAGGUUCCCCAUUAGCAGCCAAGUCUCUCGGGGUGCUUUUGUCUGACACUAAUGGACAGAGAGAACAAUGGGAAAACAUACUAAGUGAAAUGCAGAUUCUUGAAGAUGGCAAAAACACAAACAUUAUCUUACCCAGUUUGCAGAUAAGUUAUCAGCACUUGCCAUAUCAUCUCAAACAGUGUUUUGCCUAUUGUUCUAUACUGCCUCUUGGUGUUGAAUUUGAGAAGGAUGAGCUGGUCAGACUCUGGAUGGCUGACGGUCUUGUUAAGAACAACGGAAGGAAAAGGGUCGAGAUGGAAGCAAGCAGAUGCUUUGAUGAGCUCCUACGGAGGUCAUUCUUUGAACCUUCCCACAACUUCCAUAAUCAGAAGUUCAGAGUGCCGAAUUUGAUGCUUGAACUAGCACGAAUUGUUUCUAAACAUGAAUCUCUAACUCUCAACCCUGACAACUCACAGGUUGUUGACCAUCCUGAGUGGAUUCGCUAUGCAACUAUCUUGUGCCCAGAGGAUGGGCCUCUUGCAUUUGACAAGAUUCAUCACUAUGAAAAUUUGAGGCUCUUGAAAUUAUGCCCGAUGAUGAAACUGCCCUCGGAUCAGGUUCCAUCAGCACUAUUCUUAAAGUUCACUUGUCUGCGUGCACUAGAUCUGAGUUACACCGAACUAGAGGUCUUGGCAGAUUCUGUUGGGUGCUUAAUACACCUCCGAUACCUCAGUCUACGAAAUACUUUAAUAAAGACUCUUCCAGAAGCAGUCUGCAACCUAAUCAAUUUGCAGACACUUGAUCUCAGGAACUGCUACUGGCUCAUGAAUUUACCUGAAGGCAUGAGUCGCUUAGUUAACUUGCGGCACCUCUGUUUACAUAUUGAUUGGGAUAGAGUUACUGCUUUCAGAUCAAUGCCAAGCAACAUUGACAAGUUACAAUCACUUCAGACACUUUGCAGAUUUGUUGUAGUCACGAGUGAUGGAGGCAAGUGCAACUUUAGUGAGUUGAAGAACUUGAGGAUCCGUGGAGAACUUUGCAUUCUCAAAUUGGAAGCCGCCACUAAUGAUGGUGCCAAGGAGGCCAAUUUGAGUGGAAAGGAGUAUUUGCACAAACUGAUGCUGAAAUGGAGUGAUGGCGCCUGCACGAAUGAACAGCAGCUACACAUAGAGGAGAGUGAGAAGGUCAUUGAGACACUCUGUCCACAUACCAACCUCAAGCAUCUACGCAUCGAUAAUUACCCUGGAAGAAACCUUCCUUACUGGGUAGAGAAGCUCUCGUCUCUGGAGUCCCUGGAGAUAGUUUCUUGCCCCAGGCUCACUCAAUUUUCUGUGGAGACACUGCGGUCUCUCACAAAUUUCACGAUCCGUCAAUGUUCUGAUCUUCAAGUUCUUCCCAGAGGCUUAUGUAACCUAGAAGCCCUUCAUUGUCUGGAAAUCGAUGGAGCUCCGAAUCUGUUAAUAAGUGCAGUGGACAUAUUGCCAAGAAACAUCUCUCGAUUGGCUGUAAGUGGAUGUGAUGCCCUGGAGCGAUGGUGUCUGCAAGAAGGCGCCGAGAGAGUGCAGCAAAUUCCUGAUAAAAGGAUUCAAUUUAGUAAUUGAUGUGAAACAUGAAGGAGAUUCAUUUUCUUUUAAAAAAUGUUGCAGUCGGUUCUCUUUUGAGCUAUUAAUUUAGAGGUUCCUUUGUCAUCCUGUCCUGGCAAUAGCCAUUCUAAAUUUCUCAUUAUCCUUUGCGUGUCUCCUGUACCCUUUGAUGUGUUUCUCUGAAUCCUGGUGUCACUUUUUUACCAGCUCAGUUAGGUCGCUGAUUUAGCAUCGACUAUUGCAGGUUCUGAUCUGUUGCUGUGUGAGAUAUACCUUAACAUUUAAUUGGCUCUUGGAAUGUACACUCCCUAUUAACAUUUAUGUUAUUGAUAAGUAUGUGGAGCUUUAGCUUUUCUUUUA